AUGACUGGAGCGGAGGCAGCAGGCUCAUGUAACCUUGUCAUGGGUCGUUGUGUGAUUACUGGUAAAUCUGCAUGUGUUUUGUAUGACUCUGGAGCGACACACUCUUUUGUGUCUGAAACUUGUGUGCAAAGGUUGGGUCUGCCGGUUUGUGAACUGCAAUGUGACCUUGUGGUAUCUACUCCGGCGUUGAGUCUGGUCAGGACAUCGUCCUUGUGUGCUAGGUGUCCAAUGGAGGUAGAAGGUCGCAGGUACAAAGUGAAUCUGAUCUGCCUACCUCUGCAAGAGUUAGAGGUAAUCCUAGGGAUGGAUUGGCUCUCUACGAAUCGCAUUCUUAUAGACUGCCGCGAGAAGAGGCUGUUAUUUCCCAACUCAGAGGAGCCUGAGUUGUUAUCGUCUCACAGGGUUAUGAAGGAGCUACAAGACGAUGCACGGUGUUUCCUGAUCUUCACCCACCUAGAGGUGGAGGGAGAAGAGAUGAAGUCUAUUAUACUGGUAGUACAAGAAUUUGAAGACGUGUUUCCAGAGGAAGUACCGGGAUUACCCCCUAGUAGAGAGGUGGAGUUCUCGAUCAAUUUGGUACCUGGAACCAGACUAGUGUCGAUGGCUCUAUACCGUAUGGCUCCGGCAGAGUUGGUGAAACUCAAGAAACAAAUAGAGGAUUUACUGGGGAAGCAAUUUAUCUGA